AUGUCGUCUGCCACGGUUCAUACCACUCCUGUACCUUCGGUCUCGUCGGCGGACAAGUCGAAGCCCAUCUUCCCGCUCAUGAUUGCCAACGACGGCUUUUCGGAGGUCGGAGAGGAGAAGGAGGCCUCUGCCACCUGCUUCUGCGGCAACGUGCAACUGUCCUUCCCGACGGUUGGACCUGGCUUCCGCGGUGGCUUUCUGUGCCAUUGCACCGACUGCCGCACCGUAACCGCGUCGAUGUUCGCCACCAACUUCACCGUCGCCCUCUCGCACAUCAAGUACAUCCGCGGACAGUCCAGCCUCAAGGAGUACGGUCAGGCCACCACGAUUGCUUCGGGAAACAGGAUGACCAACUCGUUCUGCUCCAACUGCGGCACGCUCAUGAUGCGUGUCUCCAGUGGCUCGCCUCACCUGGCCUUCUUGAGGGUGGGUACCGUGGACGACUUCGCGCUUCACGAGACCAGGCUCAAGCCCAAGAUCGAGCUCUUUGCCAAAGACCGCGUCGGCUGGCUCGCUCCCAUCGAUGGCUGUCAGCAGGCCAGUACGCAGACCAAACUCUGA